AGCUGCCGAGGGAAAACAGUAACUUUUUGUCGCUUGGCUCCGUGUGCGCCCCCUUAAAUGUCGCUUGGUAUCGCCAUGGACGCGGGGUGCGUCACCCAGUGACGUCGACAAACGGGCGCAUGCAAAACAGUUACGCCUUGCGGUACAAGUGUUGUGUGUGUGUAUGGCUUUCUUUGUGUUUGUGUGUAGUGGCGGAGUUGCAUUGAAAAACGCUUUUCAAGAGUCAACACAAUAGCCGAAAAAAAACAACGGCUAAGAACUAUAGGCCUUGACCUGAAGCAAGGCAAGCGGAAGGAAGCAGCCGCAUCAUGAGGCACCACCAAUUAACAGCGGAGCCAACAAAAGAGUGAAAGCCAACAAAGUACGGCGGAACCAGAGAGGGAACCAGAGAGGUGCUGCUCUGUACUGCUCUGUGCUGCGGUGUGGCCUACUUUUACGCACCUGCCCUGGAGCCCUGGAGCAUGGGUUCAUGUCUUGGCAGCUGCGUCACAGCCGCCGCUGCCACCACCAGCUCCAGCACAUCCACAGCAUCGUCUUCCUCCUCCACGGCCUCGUCGUCCUCCUGUGCGACGGCUGCGGCAGCUGCCAACAGCUGGCUUUGGCGUCGCCGCAGGCCCAGGGCUAGGGUCGCCACCGACCAGGAGGCCGAGCAGGAGCCUGAAACAGAGCUCAUAUCGAGUGGAGGGGGAAGCCAGCAGCGACGCGGCCUUGUCUAUCGUAUUCUGAAGUUCAAGAGGAAGCAGCAGUGCCCCCAGUUCCUGGACAAAUACUGGGAGCAACAGCCGAGCUAUGCGAAGCUACAGAAUGACAGUGCGAUAUCCGAUAUACAGCUGCAGAAUCUGGACGUUUUCAAGCUGCUCAACGCGCAAGCAACGCCCAGCAAGGAGACCGAGAUGCUUGGAAGCUAUCAGCGGAUGGCCAGCUCAAGGGCCAGCUCCUCGCUAGAUCUGGAGUGGGAGCACGAGUACUCGCAGCUGCGGAACUACCAGCAGGAGCAGAAGGAGCAAAAGGAGCAGCCUGCGGCAGAGAACACCCCACCGAUGGCAGCAAAGCAGCCGCGUUACGCUUCCCUGGACCAACUUGCGACGGCCGCCUCGAUGGCUGCCGCCAGCCAUGGACGCUAUGGCGCAGCUGCUCGACAUCCCCGUUUGGGGAACCAUCAUCGGCAUGGCGGCUCCUUCACGCGCACCUCCUGCUGUUCCUCCACACAGAACUCGUGGUCGCACAUCUCAACGCCGGAGUCCCUCGAGUGGGAUGUCGACGAGGAGCGGGAACAGCAGCUGCAGCUGCGCCAAGAAGACGACAAUCUGGACGAUGAGACGCUCAAAUUGCUGCACCAAAUCGAGCAACUGAAGCAUCAUGUGCUCCAGGAAACGGGAGAUGGCCUGAGCAUGGGAGCUGCUGUGGCCGUUGGGGAGGUAACGGAGGGUCUACAGUUUAGGGCCUCGCAUUUUGGAGGCGGCUCCGAGCUGGAGGCAUCCAUAAGUUGAUUCAGAGAGAGCAGAUGAUGUAUAUAAGGGUAUUCUAAGAGAUGUAAAAAGGGGUGUACAAGACCAGAUGAAGGAGGAUCCUUUGAAGAGUGUAGUAUAUUGUAAUAGAAUAAUUGAUUUGGAGCAGAGAAAACGAUCGUUAACAUUAGAUUCCAUAUAGCACAGUACAGUGCACGCUCGUUAAAUUAAAUUUAGGUUUUAAAAAUACUUAGAAGAAGGAAUAUAUCGGUUUAGGCGAUCCAAAACUAACACUCGAUACGUUUAGAAGUCGAAUCAUUUGAAGGAUUGCUGAUCAUUUUUUUUAGAUAGAUCAAUCAAUUUCUCUUUGUAAUCGAUUUUAUUUCAAUGCAAAUAUAUGUGAGAGUAUAUUGAAAUUUUGGUUAAGUAUUUGAAGAUUAUUUUCCCAGAAAUAUGCCAUUUUUCUUGACUUUAUCGAGCGUGUACUGUAUCUGCUGAUCCCACAGCAAUUAAGUGCCUAGCCUAAGCAGAUCCAAUGGAAAUAAACUCCCUCAAGAAACCAAAACCAAAACCAGUCCCAAACAUGAACAUUAAAGCCUUCUUCAAGCAUAUCGCAACCGCAAAAUUAGCAGCACCGAGAGAACUCAAUUUUCCUAUAUAGACCAUAGAGUAAUACGUUUAUAUUCUCGCUUUUAAAACUGUUAUAUUUUGCAGAGAGAAACCAACAAAUGGCCUAUUAUAUUUUUAAAGUUUAUUAAUGAAAACGAACAAAAUACAAAAAUUACGUCCUUAGAGAGAGAGAGAGGGAGUAUAGAGAGUUAUGGAAGAAAGACAGUUAUGGGAGCAACAGAUAGUAUGUUUAGUAAUAAUGUUUUUUGUGUGGCGGUACAAGUGUGACCUUUCAAAAUCUCAUUUAUUUAUUUAUAAACUAAAUAUUAAAGAAACAUUUGUAGAAAAUA